GGCGCUGCGGCCGCCGGGCCGCGGCGGGGCGCGGACUACGCUCGCCAGGGUGCUGUGGGCGCCGCCCCGCGCGCAGGCGCCGGCCCGGGCGGGCCGGGUUGUUUGUGACGGCGUCACCGGCGGCUGCGGCCGCGGCCCCUCGUCCGUGCCGGGCCCCGUGAGGGCCGCGCUCAGUGUGCUUUGAAAAUGUCUGAAAAUUCCAGUGACAGUGAUUCGUCUUGCGGCUGGACUGUCAUCAAUCACGAGGGUUCUGACAUAGAGACAGUGACCUUGGAAAAUGGAAGCACAAAUGACAACCCUGAGUUUGUUUCAGAAGAAUAUGUUUCCUUGCAAGAAGAGGAGCAGGCAAUUGAUGUGCAAGCUCAGUGCAACAAUGAUGAAGAGAUCCCAGCAGUAGAUAACACACUGUCUGGUUUUGAGGAAACUCAGACAGUUCCAGAGGAAAAUAAAGAAAAAGUUCCUGAUGAUGGCUCCUGCAUUGGAACUAUUAGUGAUGAUUCUGACAUUGUUACACUUGAAGCUCCAAAAGCAGAAGAAACUCAGAGUCAGGAGGAAGCUCCUGCUGAUGGUGAAGAAGCUCAGAGUUCAGAGGAUUUUAACAUGGGUUCCUCCUCUAGCAGUCAGUAUGCAUUUUCCCAUGUAGAAACUGUGUUCCCCUCGCAGGCCAGCCCCGAGGAGUCGAGCAGCGACGAGAGCAGCAGCCAGGGCAGCCCGGCCGUGCGCAAGCGGCGCCCGCGGCGCCGGGGGGUGUCGGGCUCCGAGCCCGAGGGGGCGGCACCGGCACCGGCCGAGCCCGAGGCGGAGCCGGCCCGGGACGAGCAGCAGCAGCAGCGGCAGUUCGGCAGCGGCCUCAACAGGUGCAUCGUCCUGGCGCUGGUGAUCGCCAUCAGCAUGGGCUUCGGGCACUUCUACGGUACAGUGCAGAUCCAGAAACGGCAGCAGCUGGUGACAAAGACACGUGAAUUAAAGGAUCUGAAAGAUGACCUUUACCAGUGCCAACAAGAGCAAGGAGAUCAAGUGCACCACAAAGGGGGGUCACUCAAGGGAGAUCUUGACACGUGUUUGACCUUUACUGAGGUGGAGAAGAAAUCCUUUGAUUCUCAAAAAAAAAGUCUUGCUGCAGAAAAUCAGCACCUAAGAGAAUCUCUAGAGAAAGAAGAAAAAGCUUUGGCCUCACUUCAGGAAGAAUUAAGGAAGCUAAGACAACAAAUUAGAAACUUAGAAGAUAAAGGUAGUAGCACUGAAUCUAUUGUAAUAGAAAAUCAGAAACUAAGGGAGCAUUUGGAAGAGGAAAAGCAAAGGAACAGCAAUUUUCUCAGGCAAAAGGAAACACUCUUUGCAGAGGCACAGAUGCUAAGGCGAGAACUGGACAAGGAACGUCAUGUUACAGAAGCUCUGAAGAAAGAACUGGAACAGUUAAGUUCUCGUCAAACACCUGAGAGUGCUGCUGCUGCUGAUGAUGAGACAUUAAGAGAAAAUCAAGAAAUAGAAACUCUGCGAGGAAGACUGGCAGAACUAGAAAAGAAGCUGAACUUUGAGCAGCAACGCUCUGACUUAUGGGAGAAGCUGUAUGUUGAAGCAAAAGACCAAUCUGAAAAACAAGAAAUUUAUGAAAGUGGACAGAAGAAAGGUUUUAAAGGGCAAAGUAAGAGUAGAAAGAAAUCAAAGGAGACAUUUUUUGGUUCAGUGAAAGAAACUUUUGAUGCUAUGAAAAAUUCCACAAAAGAGUUUGUAAGACACCAUAAAGAAAAGAUUAAGCAGGCUAAAGAAGCAGUGAAAGAAAACUUGAAAAAAUUCUCUGAUUCUGUAAAGUCUACAUUCAGACACUUCAAAGAUACCACAAAAAACAUCUUUGAUGAAAAAGAGAAGUCAUCAAGUGACAAAAGAUAUGAGGCAAACAAGAAAGCUCGAACUUUUUACCGAGACCAUAACUCCUACGAGAAUCUGAAGCACAUGCAUUACAGGGGACCUCACAUGCCCAAAGAAUCCAGAAAUGGAAGGAAACAUCAUUUUACAACAUAUGAAAAAGAUUCAGAUUCCCAGAAAUGUCUCAAUGAUCAUUUGUGUAAUAGAAAACAUCAGUUUGCCCUAAAGGGCUGCUCUGGUAUUUUUGAAUGUGCUCAUCAAGAAUUCCUUAGUCUCUUUAACAGAGUUUCGGAUCCCAUCAGGGUGGAUGAAUUUAACCGGCUAAUGAGAAAGUAUUUGCAGCAAGUUGUGCAUAACUUUCAUCACUGGAGAGAACUAGAAAAUUUCAUCAAUAAGUUUUUUCAUAAUGGAUUGUUUAUACAUGACCAGAUGCUGUUCACCGAUUUUGUUAAUGAUGUCAAGGAUUACCUGGAAGAUAUGAAGGAAUACCAAAGUAAUAAUGAGAAGGUUUUUGAGGAUUUGGACAAAUAUGUCUACAGAUACUACUUCCAUUAUGAUAAUUCACCCCAGUAUGGACCCAGUCGACCUAAAAGACCUUUUACACAAACUGAAAAUUCCAGACAUGAAAAACAAGCUCAGAAGUACCAACACCGUAAUAAAAGAGAAGGAAAGCCUGCUAGAAAAAGAAGCACUUAUCCUGUUUGAUCCUGUCUGGAGCAGAUAUUCACCAGCCACCAUUGUCUGAAUUCAUGGACUUCAUUAAAGAUUUGAGGGGUUAAAAGGUACUGUGACUGCAGGUGUUUUUAGUUUUCAUUGUUGCUUACUUAAAAGUGCAGUUUCUGGGAAUAGAUGGCACAUUUGUUUUAACAUGACUUUGUGGCCUGUAGAAUUUGCACAGAGGAGAGAGCAUUCAUGAACAUUAAAUACAGAGCAGUGGAAUGAUAUCAAUAAUCUUAUUAUGGGCUAUAGGGGUCAAUUUUAAUAUAAGCUAUAUUUUAAAAAUUGUGAACCACAAUUUUCAAAUAUUUUAACUAUAACUCUUCUCUAACUUAUUUUGUAACUUAUCCUCAGAAGCACUUUGUUUCAUCGUGAUGUUACCAUACCUGUUCUAGCACAUUGAAGAGGAUCAAGUGACUGGGUAAUAAUGUGUCAUUGUGAAACUCCUUGUUCAGCCAGCCAAGUGGGUCAGAGUAAAACACAUCUGCUUCAUCAACGUAGCUCGCAUUGCCAGUUAGGUCUGGGGGACACUGAAGGAAUCUCAUUUUUAGAGGACAGUGAACAUGACUAGGGAGAAAAACAAAAACACAUUUCAUGAUAAACUGACCAGAAUCAGAGGUUUGAAAUGACUCAUCACUUCAAAUGACACCUCAACCAAAAGAAAUAUCAGUUAAUUUUUUUUUUCUUUAGAGUAGUAUUUUUUUCCCUUCAGUAAUUCAUAUGAAAGCAAAGUAGAGCAAGCAGACUCAGCUCCAACUGCUGGGACUGUGCUGUUAGCAGUUAACAGAAAACACAUUUAUCUUAAUAAAAAUACCAUUUGCACAUCAGUUUCUUAAAAAGGUACUUUUCCAUAUCAGCUUCACUAGUUAUAUCUGCUUUAACAUUUUGUUUACUUGCCAGGAUCUACUGAAAACCUUUUGCAGUGCCCUAAGUCAGUGUUGUAAUGCCUAGCACCAGAAGUAAAAUUAAUACAUUUUUAUUGUAACAAUUAGUGUUUAAUUUUGCUAAAAAUGUUAUCAUAAUGAAGAAGUGUGACAUACUUAGUGAAGUCAUUAGACUUACUGCAUAUCCUCAUACAAAGCUAUUCCACAAAAAUGAGUAAAGCUUAGAUGCUGAAUUUUAUUCUGUGUUAUAAACAUUUGGCUUAUUUCCCCUAUUCACUCUGUAUUAACAGUAUGAAAAAUCAAAACUCUUCCUGUAUACAUUUAUAUAUCUCAAUUUAUUAAGCCUUGGAAAAAAGAAAUCUUGAUUUCUGAUUAAGAGUUUGGGUUUUAAUGUAAGGCACUGUUGACACUUUUAAUACCUGUAAAAUGGGGUAGAGUGGCAUGGCAUCAGGAUGAAGACAAAAGCUUGUGACUGCUGGGAGUGACUGCAGAGCUGCUGGAUGUGACUCAUAACAUCCAGAGUGCCUCGCUGGUGAACCAAGCCUGUGUACAGGGCUGGGACUAAAUUGGAUAACAGCAGGAAACUUGCUGCAGUUUUCUUCCAUGCUUUCAGGUAUCUCAAAGAAUAUCCUAUAGAAACAUUGGAGUAAGUUUGGGAGAUAAAAAAUUAAUACAUUUUUUAAAGUAGCCUAAUACAGUGGCAAUACAAUUUCAAAACCAGUGCUUUGUCUCUUUAAAUUUAAUUUCUUGUAGUGAAAACCAGUCCAUUCAAUAGUUUGGAUGAAUGAUAUAUGGCAACUUACUGAUGUGUUCUGAUUCAUGCAAGUCCACAUUGAGCCAGAAUAAAUGGUAACUACAUGUGCA